UAUGGGUUCAUAUUACAUGCGAAAGGUUGCACAUGAAAGUGGAAGCUGAACACAAGGCAUUUUACUCGCCGCCCAACUUGAACGCCCCUGCGUAGCUGCCGUUACUUAAUCGCAUUGUAUACGUUCUACCCUACGCAUACUUGAGGUCGCUUAGCGAGUAGAUAUUUCGCCCCAAAAGGGCAUAGCGGCGUUGUCGCCAUGUCGCGGGCUAGCGAGGCUAUUAAGCACCUAAAGGACCUUCAACAUAUAAACCUAGAGGGUCUGCGGUUUCGGAUUGUAGACGCUAAAGGCCAGGUCGUAGGGCGGCUAGCGGAGCAAAUAGCGGUUAUCCUUCAGGGCAAGGAUAAGCCCAGCUACAACCCCAAGAAGGAGCAGGGAGACGUGGUGGUGGUCAUCAAUGCGGCGCAUGUGCAGCUGACGCAUGAUAAAUGGAACACAAAGCUCUACCGGUGGCACACAGGCUACCCCGGCGGCCUGCGCGCGCGCACCGCCAAGGAGCAGUGGGAGAAGGACCCGCGCAAGCUGCUGCUCAACGCGGUGGACGGCAUGCUGCCCAAGAACAAGAGCAGGGAGGCCCGCCUUGAGAAGCUCAAGAUCUUCCCCGAGUCCGAGCACCCCUUCACGGACUUCCCGCUGGUGCCCUUCGUGCCGCCCCCGCGGCUGCUGAGGGACAGGGGGCUGGGCUGGCCCAUGCCGCAGGGUUUCGAGCCCGCCAAUGCGGACCGCUACGCCUUCCGCCUGCGCACCAGCCCCGCGCUGCAGCAGCUGGCGCAGGCGGAUGCGGCCGCCCCCGCAGCAGCAGCAGCAGCAGGCGGUGUGAGGCCGCAGGUGGGCAUUGACGACCUGCUGACGGAGGAGGAGCGGGCGGCCCUGGCGGCGGCGGAUGCGGCGGAGGCAGCGGUGGCAGGGAAGAAGGUGGUCGGCAAGUAGUAGAUGCGGCUGCGCGAAGGGGGGUUGUGGGCGCCGGAGAGGCGGCAGCAGCGGCAGCGGCGGGUAAUGGAAAAGUGUAGUCAAGGGUCAGUUAGUGGCGGCGGUAAAGUCGGAUAACCCGCCGCGGCACCAGCUUUCAUAGCAGUACCGUGGGCGGCUGAGCAGAGGGGAGGGCUCCCGGCUCCGCUGGCAGCGGCGGCAAAGCAGCGUUGUCAAUGGGUGGAUCCAUUUCGUGCAGCACACGCUCACCAGUCUCCCUGCCCGGUUGCGGAUAUGACGUGUGGGAUUGACGGCAGCAGCAGCAGCAGCGAGGAUGUGGUUGCCGUGGUGGCCUGCUGCAAGGAGAGCAUCUUGCCACCGGGCUCACGCCCGGAACCGUACGGCCCUGGACUGCAGCUGCGGUGGCAGUGGCAGCUGCGGUUUGGGUGUGGAGGAGCUGCAGGAGGCGGCAGGCCGGCAGCAGCAGCAGAAGGGCCGCAAUAGGGCAGCAGUGGUGGCGGCAACAUGGCGUCAGAGCGGAUAAGGCCCCUGGAGGAGUCCCCCUGGCAGCAAGCUUUGUCGUACUGGCUUCUGACGGUGAACGCAGGAGGGAGAACGGUGGCGGUGGAAGAGGAGCAGCAUUGGCCGGCAGCGGGCAGGUGCGAGGUUCGCUGUUGUGGUAGGGCUGGACGGCAGCAGUUACGGGUUAUAGGCGUGUGAUGCGAAAGAUGUAGAAAAGACGGAUGGGUGGGGGCCGUGCAACAGAGUUUGCGAGGGGUUGCUGGCUGGUAGCUGGCUCGCUGAUGUGACGGAUAUGCCGCGCAGUUGGACACACAGAUAUGAUGCAUGCAAAGCUUGGUAUAGAAAGAGGCAGGGGGGCAGGCGAGCCGCAUAUGUGUGGUGUAGGGACAGGAGGAAGAGGGUUGCGGCCGGGGGAACCCCUCCAGGUACGUGGGCGACCCGUUGGCGACCCGUUUUACCCGGUGACACGCGACUCUCGCUAGCUUCAUUGCAGGGGAAGAGGUGGUUAAUUGCAGUGUGUAGCUGGGAGAGGUAUUGAUGUUGUAUGGGCUACUGCUGCUUUCAUUUGAACUUUGUAAACGUACAAAGCGUCAGGCGGUACGGCAGGCGUGUCGUACAGCGGGG